AUGUGUAACGGUGACGCUGCUUCGGACCUCCGGCCUCUGAUUGGUGGCCGGUUGCUUCUGGAGCUCAGCCCCGACGGGGGGAGCGAGCCCCGCUUACAUCUCCGCUGCUCAUUGGAGAAAAGGAAACUAUGCCAGCGUGUUGGUGCCGGAGCCCCCGUCUACCUGGCGGCUGUGCUCGAGUACCUGACCGCUGAGAUCCUGGAGUUGGCCGGUAACGCUGCCCGUGACAACAAGAAGACCCGUAUCAUCCCCCGUCACCUGCAGCUGGCUGUCCGCAACGACGAGGAGCUCAACAAGCUGCUCGGAGGAGUCACCAUCGCUCAGGGAGGAGUGCUGCCCAACAUCCAGGCUGUUCUCCUGCCCAAGAAGACCGAGAAGGCUGCCAAGAAGUAGACACCCAAUCCUGACCUCAACAAACACAAAGGCUCUUUUAAGA